AUGGAACCAACUUUAGGCUUACUAGGUGGGUUUGGGGGCGGCGGCGGUAGAGGUGGCGGAGGUGUUGGAGCUUGUAGCACAGCCUUGUCUUGUGAUCAGACUGGUUUAAAUGUACCAAAUUCUGAAAAAGACUACAUGGGCAUUUCUAAAGAGGCAGAGCUUGAACUGGGAUUGGGGCUGAGCCUGUGCAGUGGCGGCGGUAGUGGUGUGGAGGCGAAGGGUAAGGGGUCUGCAUGGGGUGAUUAUGGAAGAAUAUUGACUGCUAAAGACUUUCCUAACGGGUUUUCAACCGGGAGUGGAAGGGCUGCUGCUGGAACAAAGAGAGCUGCUGCUGACUCUGUAGGUUCUGCUGAAGCUGGCUCUCCUUCUACUGGUGUCAGUCAGGUAGUGGGAUGGCCUCCUAUAAGGGCAUACAGGAUGAAUACCUUAGUUAACCAAGCAAAGACUUCAAAUGCUGAAGAUGGUGAGGGAGUUGACAGGGACGAAAAGAAGGAGAACUCGAAGAAGAAAAUCAAUCAUGGAAAUGACAAGAAUGAUUCGAACAUUAGAGAAAGAGAUCAUCUCGGGUUUGUGAAGGUGAAUAUGGAUGGAUUACCAAUUGGAAGAAAGGUGGACUUGAAGGCUCACACUAGCUAUGAAACUCUGGCGCAAACUUUGGAAGAGAUGUUCUUCAAGCAUCCAUCGAGGACGAUUUGUGGUGGAAAGGAACAAUCGAUACAACCUUUUAAGCUUUUGGAUGGAUCAGCCGAGUUUGUGCUCACAUAUGAGGAUAAAGAAGGAGACUGGAUGCUAGUCGGAGAUGUUCCAUGGGGGAUGUUUCUCAGCACCGUGAAAAGGCUCAGAAUCAUGAAAAUUUCAGAGGCCAACGGACUUGCUCCAAAGUUCCACAAAAGGAAUGAGAAACAAAGGGCCAGAGCAAUAUAG